CGUUCAUGUUCCGAAGCAAUUUUUCUACACUUAUUACCCAGUAAUGGGUAUUUGAAUAUGGGUAUUUACAUAUGUAAAUAUUCUUCUUAAAUAAUUCAAUACAAUAGUCUUUGAAAUUUAUAAUUAUAUUUCUAAUCCAUUAAUUAAUUAAAUUGGUAUUUGUGAAGUUUUGUAUGAAUUUUGAAUAACGUUCGAUAAAGAGAUAGAAACUCUUGUAUGUAUGUAUAUGGUAAUAUUGGUCCUGUUGAACCCAUUACUACCCUUCAUAUACAGCAUUCAUCAACAUAUUUUCCCGCCUGAUCCAAAUGUUGAAAACGACGCGAUAAACUAUCUUAGUCAUUAACAAUAUACUUUGUCAUUAACAAUAUUCACCGAUUUUUCAAGCAAAAAUCGCUUGAAAGUAACUGUAAAGUAUGUUCAUUAGAUAAAAAAUUAUAUCGCAUCGCAAAAUAUUCAUAAUGUAUGAUGCGCAUCGAUACGAAACGAACAAAGUACAGAUGUAUAAGCGUUAAUGUGAAAUCGAUAAAAGAAGUAAUAACUAAACUGCAGAUAUUUAUAUAAAAAUAGAAACUGUGAAAAACGCACAGAAUAUUUAUGAUAUGUAAAAAUAUACAAACUAUCCAAAGUAAGCCAGUAUAUUUAGAAAAAAGAAUGAUAUUUAGAAAUCGAAAUAAAUUUCUAAGUUCCACUUCUCUGAUUGCGUUCAGAGAAACGUGAAUUUACAUAAACAUCCGCAGUCUAGUAAUAACUUUGUGCGUAUGUGUCCCGUUAGUAUCCAGGUGAUUUAAAAUUAUUCUUGCAGUGGUGGUGACCUCCCGUGGUAGAUGAAAUAUUCGCAAUUGAACCCGGCAGAGUUUCGCGAUUACCGCUAAUUACUAUAAAGAUACAGUUGUACAUAUUACGGAUUGUUGGUCGGUUAAUAAAUCAGUAAGUUCUGUUCAGACUUGUGACUGAAAGCAAAGUGCAAAGUUACCCCGAUGCUUCUGCGUGCUGGUCUGUUGUGUGACGUCGUACUGUCUUUUAAUAGUCAGCCCCUGUGACCGGUUUUUCCGUCGUUAACAAGACACCGUUGUACGUUGAGACGCGCCCUCAUCCGACCUUGAAACCUAUAAUCGUUCAUAGCGUUCGAUGUUCAAAACAUCGUCUACAAAACUAUUAAUCGUGCUCCACAGGUUCGAAUCUUUUUUGUUUUCUUCGGCGCCUCGUUAACAAGAAGCAACAGUGAAAUGGCAAAAAAGACGUACGAUCUGUUGUUCAAGUUGCUGCUGAUCGGUGAUUCCGGAGUUGGCAAAACUUGUAUAUUGUUUAGAUUUUCGGAUGAUGCAUUUUCAACGACAUUUAUUUCUACGAUAGGUAUCGAUUUUAAAAUCAAGACAGUGGAAUUAAGAGGAAAGAAAAUCAAGUUACAGAUAUGGGAUACAGCUGGUCAAGAAAGAUUUCAUACCAUUACUACAUCAUAUUACAGAGGUGCAAUGGGUAUUAUGCUUGUUUAUGACAUUACUAAUGAAAAAACAUUUGAAAAUAUUGUUAAAUGGCUGAGAAAUAUCGAUGAACAUGCGAAUGAAGAUGUGGAGAAGAUGAUACUGGGGAACAAAAGCGAUAUGGAAGACAAACGUGUUGUUAGCACAGGAAGAGGGGAAGCGAUAGCGCGAGAGCAUGGAAUCAGAUUUAUGGAAACAUCUGCAAAAGCGGAUAUUAAUAUUGACCGUGCAUUUAAUGAAUUAACCGAAGCAAUAUUGGAGAAAACUCAUGGAAAGGAACCACAAGAUGCUCCUGAUAGAGUAACGGUUGAUCGAAGGGUGGAAAGGAAUUCUAAUCGGUGCUGCUAAUCUUAUAUUAUUUAUUUUAACAGCGCAUAAUAUACUAUAUAUCAGCUCGUGCCACUCAAAAUAGAUCUGUGGAUAGAUUUAGAGCAUAAUUUAAAAAAGCAUAAUAGUAUAAUUAAACUCUUCACAACACUGCCUAAUCAAAUUCAAUUGAACUUAUUUAAUGAGAUUUCUGAUAAAGAUAUAUCUAAAUUUACUUCAAAAAAUAUAAAAGGAAGAAACUCCAAUUUGGAAGUGAAGUUUUUUAAUUAUACCUGGAUUUCAAAGGGUGGGUUAUAAAUGCUAUUUGUCACAUAUAUGACUGUAUACUUAUAAAUGUACUUAUAGAUGUGUCUAUUGCAUGUAUACAAGCAUUAAGCUCCAUCACAGCUUUUAUAAAGAACACAACAAAUCAAUAAUAUAUACUGCUGAUGGGGCUUUGUUUUCCAUGUGAAACUUCAUGCGUUGUUGCACGAACAAAGUCAACUAGGAACAAUUUGUUUGUUAUGAGGCUGCAAUUUGUUACCAUAAUGAGAAGAGUGAGAAUGAAUGAGGGCUUUUGAUCUUAAAAAAAUCUAUGUGAACAUUGAAUGCUUUUUCAUACGGACAUUGCACUACAUUGCUUAUUUACAUCUUAAGUUAAAAUCUAAAAGCUUAAGUCCAAGAGCUUUUAUCCUACUUGUGUAAGACUAAUUUACUACAAAUAUAAAUAUUCACGAUUUCGAA